AUGGACAAUUACGAAGGCGACGACGUUCACGAUUCGGACCUUGAGCAGCAAGUCAACAAGCAAAGAGGUCUCACUUUCAUCGAAUCCUCGAUCCUUGUCUUUCUCGCGAUUCAAUGCGUUGGUCUUCUCGCUACAUUCAUCAUCUACCUUGCUGGACUGGCUUUCGCGAUUUUCCCCUUCAUCAACCUUGUCUGGUUCUUGUUCCGUCGACCCAGAACCCCGACAAUGUUUAGGCUGUGA